GCUGGAAAUAAUAAGCGCACAAGUAAAAGUCACAUGUUUCCUGUUUUCCACGUCUACCAAAGAGUCACGCAAACUCGGAAACUCAAAAUGGCCGACGGUCGUCUGCAAGGCAAAGAAAUUAUUGUCACUGCAGCAGCGCAAGGAAUCGGUCGUGCUGUUGCCGAAGAAUUUGCCAAGGAGGGUGCUAAUGUUUUAGCCACCGACAUCAACGGCGAAAAACUCGCUGAACUGAACUCUGUCAAAGGAAUACGAACCAAGAUCUUAGACGUGACGAACUACGAUGCGAUUAAAGAACUGGUCAAAGAUUUCUCCAAGUUAGACGUGCUCUUCAACUGCGCUGGGUUUGUUCAUAAUGGAUCGAUUUUGGACUGUGAGGAGAAAGAUUGGGAUCUUUCCUUUGAUAUAAAUGUGAAGAGCAUGUAUCGUUUGACGCGACAAUUUCUCCCCAUCAUGCUCGCAAACGGUGGAGGAGUAAUUAUCAACAUGGCCUCUGUAGCUUCGAGCAUUAAGGGAGUUCCGAAUCGUUUUGUGUACAGCACAACAAAGGGUGCAGUCAUCGCCUUCACCAAAGCACUAGCAGCUGACUUCACCGCGCAGGGAAUUCGUACCCAUGCCAUUUGCCCUGCCACAGUGGAUACUCCUUCACUGCGAGGGCGAAUCAACAGUGCCCCAGAUCCUGAAGAAGCCAUGAAGAAAUUCCUGGCUCGGCAGAAACAGGGAAGACUUGGAAGACCUGACGAAAUUGCAAAACUUUCUGUUUUCCUUGCGUCAGAUGAGGCGCCUUACAUGACGGGCUGUGAGCAUAUCAUCGAUGGAGGAUGGAUGCUUGGCUAAGUGCCUGUUGGUAGGGGGGAGGGGUGGGGUCACCGCUUAGGCCUGAUAUCUUAAUCAUUUCUAAUUAAAAGAAUCAUCGAUUUUCUGUCAUGUGAACUUGUUCAAACUGAUAUUGAAGCAAACCCUAGUUAAUUAUCUUAGUCUUACUGCCUUAUUUUAGACUAUCACUAUUAUCAAGACUUAGAAAUAAAUGAAAUGGGUGGCAGGUGGCAUAGCUUAUUCAGUUAAUAAUUAAUGUAUUUUAUCAAAGAGCUCUCAAAGUCAAAGAAAGAUUUAGUUUAUUUUCAGCAUUGAUAUUUAGCUCUAAUGUUGAUACACUGUCUUGGAGGCAAAUUGGUAUCAGGAGGGGGGUGGGGAAUGGUGAAAUAAGGGAUGACUCCUCCUUCAGCUCUGCCAUGCCCAAGGUUUGAAAUUUAAAUAGGGAGCCCUCCCUAAGACUCACCAAUUUAUUUUUGUAAAUGAAAUAGUUUUAACCCUUUAACUCUCAAGAUUUGAUUGUUAAUUCUCCACUGUAGCUGCUACACAUUUACUUGUUGAUUAGUUAUGAAAAUUUGGUGUUAGAUCAAGAUGACAACUUCUGCCUGAUAAGUCUGAGUAUUCUCAUUACCUUUUUGCUGGAUAAUGUAUGAAUAUUAUGGGGAGAAGUUACAUGCUAAUCACUUCUGGGAGUUACAUAAGCAUAAACAGAUUUUUCUUUCUGAUUUCUAGGGCUUAAGUCAAUGUAUUUUAACUUUUUUUGGACUAUACUUUGUAAUGAAACAAAAUUAUUUUAUAUGAUGAACUGAGUAUGUAAAAAUAGACCAGAAAGAUGUUUUCUACUAUUAUAGUAAUUUUAUUCAAACUCUUGAUUGGUUCCAAGGACCCAAACAUUGAAAUAAAUAAAAUACUCCUCAAAC